GAUGUGCGGGAUCAUUAGGAAUGCCUUACAUGGACCGAUACCAGCGGACCUGUGGGUUUCUGGACAUCGAGGAUGCACACUGCGGCCGAUUCCUGCGCAGAUACUUCAUCCUGGACAAGCAGGCCAAUUACCUGGUCUGGUACAUGGACAACCCACAGAAUCUGCCCCCCAACACAGGACCAGUGGGCUCCCUGAAACUGACGUAUAUCUCAAAAGUCGGCACUGCUGCUGUGAAACAAAAAGCAAAGAUGACAUUUUGUUUCGUUAUCAAUGCCUUAUCUCAGCGGUACAUUCUUCAAGCCAGCGACCAGGAGGAUCUGCAGGGAUGGGUGGAGGCCUUGAACGCAGCGAGUAAAAUUACUGUCCCCCGACCAGGUUGCGCUUCAUUGUCUGAGACAGGAUCUACAGGCACUGCAGAGAAAAAUACAUCAGUCCCAUACAAGAUGGAGAUAAUUGGGGGAGUGGUCGUGCAAACGCCUCUGAACCAGAACGGAGGCGAGUGUCCCGAUGCCAAGCCGACUGAACUGGUCUCUCCUACCGCGCUCCAGCCGUGUCAAAGCUAUAUCCCUGUGAAGAAGCACAUGCCGUCACACUCGGUUCUGAAGAGCGGGUACUGCGUCAAGCAAGGGAACAUGAGGAAAAACUGGAAGAGAAGAUAUUUUGUCUUGGACAUGUUUUCCAUUAGCUACUACAAAUGUGAAAAGGAUCGCGAUCCUCUGCGCUCUAUACGCCUUAGAGAUAUUUUGAAGACCCAUGAGUGUCUAGUGAAGUCUGGAGAUUUACUGAUGAGGGACAAUCUGUAUGAAAUUAUUACCGCUCCGAGAACCUUCUACAUCCAGAACCUGGGUUUCCCAUUUGGUCCAGCGGCCAUCCGGCUGUCAGAGGAGUGUGAUGGCGGGGAUGGGGGUCACGAGGAAGACGCUGCGCCUGAUACAAUGUAUACUCCUCGCUCAUCAAAAGGAAACCUUGUGGAAAUGUUUUUGGGUUGGAUCAUCCAUAAGGAGUCCUGUGGCCGUACUAUGUCCCUGAACCGAUCCACUGUAUCUUCACAAGGCUCUUUUCACUCCUCGCCAUACUGUGAUGACAAGCGUCCGCUGGGGAAGUCUACAUCUUUGAAAUCCUCGUGGCAGCCUUGGACACCGAUACCCAAACGUGAACCCGAGCAGCCAGGAGAUGUGACAGGGGCAGGAUCGAGGGAGGAAGUUGGUAGCCGAGCCAGGCAUUGGUCUGAACCACAGCGACAGACGGAUAGUCAAUUUCCGUUCAGGCUAGAUGAAAUGAACAUCCGUACAUCUGAUGUGUAG